AUGUCGAUGCCUGAGUUUGACCCGGCCCGUCGGCCCUCUCAGUCCGAGAAUCAAACCAUUCUCAAGUCCGAAAUCCCCUUGAAGGAACGGUUCUUCCGCUAUUUUCAGCAUGAGAUCACCGCGCUCCAGGAACAGAUGGAUCGGCUGGCCGAUACGUCGUUAGUGGGAGGUGAACGGACAGACGCAACCGAUCACUGUCUGGCGGGUAUUGCGCGCUUGUCCAACGAAGUCAAGGACGCAGCCAGCUACAUCCCAACCUAUGAUCAGCGGAUAUAUGCCGAGGCCAUCAAAGCUCUGCAGGACAAACUCGUUGAAACUCGAGCUGCCGUCGAGCCACGACCAAAGUUCAGCUUCAAGACCAAGAAGAAUGCUUCCGCCAUCUCUCUGUCUGAUGCAGCGCAUCUUGCCGCUCAAGGUCGACGCAGUAUCCCUGGGUUCCCCUCCCCUGACACAUCAUCGGUUAGCUCGUCUGCGACACAAACCCCCAUGUAUCCGUCAACGCCGCUGAAUGAACCCGACAACCGCCUCCAUCUACAAAGACCGGAGCUUGCUCCGACCUCUAUCCCUGCAUUUACAGUGGACGAAGAUGAGGACAAACCUAAGUCAGACGUAGGGGGUGGAUUUGCCGCCACGGCCGUGUCCUCGGUGUCUGUGAACAACCAUCAUAACCUGCACAUCAUGCUCCCGUCCUCAGGCUCGACCGCAACUGUGCCGGCGUCCAUUACCCAUCUGCGACACUGCGUAGUCGACAUGUCCAUUCCCACCGCCAACGGGAAGCCGUACACCAGCUUGACCAUCAAGAGCGUCAAGGAGAGUCUGCUCGUCUGUGGCCAGAUCAACGGCCCAGCCCAUAUCACGGGGGUGGAGAAUAGCAUUCUCGUGGUUGACUGUCGGCAGUUCCGGAUGCAUAACUGCUCUAAUGUGGACGUCUACCUCAGCUGUUCCAGCAACCCGAUCAUCGAGGACUGCAGCAAUGUCCGAUUCGGUCGGAAGCCCCGUGUUUACACGCUCGAUCACGAUCGCCCAGAUGACGAAGACCACUGGAGCCAGGUCGAAGAUUUCAAAUGGAUCAAGCCGGAACCCAGUCCUAAUUGGAGUCUGCUGGAUGCCGAAGAUGCCGUGCCGGAAGAAGUCUGGGCGGAGAUUGUCCCGGGUGGACCAGGCUGGUCGCUGGAUGAUAUUCUACGUGCGAUCAAUAUUUCAUCUCAUUAA